AUGAUUAUUUACACAGACGUUUUAUCAGGUGACGAAUUAUUAUCCGAUGCUUAUGACUUAAAAGAAGUCGAUGGAGUUAUCUAUGAAGCCGACUGUGCUAUGGUCAAAGUCGGUGGUGAUGAUAUCGAUUUUGGUGGAAACCCUUCAGCUGAAGAUGGUGGUGAUGAAGAUGUUGAUGAUACUACUGAAACCGUUAACAACAUUGUUCACUCAUUCAGAUUACAACCAACUGCUUUCGAUAAGAAAUCUUUCUUAACUUACAUCAAAGGUUACAUGAAAUCUGUUAAAAAACAUUUAGAUGAAUCUGACCCAGAUGCUGUUGAAGUUUUCGAAAAAGGUGCUACUGCUUACGUUAAAAAAGUUGUUGGUUCUUUCAAAGACUGGGACUUCUUCACCGGUGAAUCAAUGGAUCCAGAUGGAAUGAUUGUUUUAUUAAACUACCGUGAAGAUGGUACUACUCCUUAUGUUGCCAUUUGGAAACAUGGUGUUAAAGCUGAAAAAAUCUAG